ACUACUAAACGUUGGGUCGCUGUAAUAAACAUCAAUUAUUUUAAUAAUAUUGGUUUUUAUUAAAUAAUGAUAUAUAAAUUCGCAUUUUCCAACAAGAAACCAAAUUGUAGUGGGAGACGAGUCGUUAUAAGGAUAAUUUCCAAUUGAAUGAUGAAACACAUUAGUAAAAAAAAUAUUUUUUUGUUAAAUAUUAGCAAAAUAUUAAUUGUAAUUUAAAAUGAAUAUGAGUAGUUUUUUAACGGAAAUCUCGUCAUCUUAGGCAAGUUUGUCUACAAAGAUUUAUACAAUUUUAUGAUGCUGAGAGUUAUUUUUACGAUUUUAUCAGUUAAGCACUUUGUUUGUACUAUUUUGUACUUUGUAAAUAUUUAAAUUAGUGAUAUCUUUAUUUACACAACCUCGAUAUUGUGGUGGUGAUGCACUAAAAACGAAUCAGAAUGAGUAAACAUAAAUAAAGCUAAGAUAAGAUUAUGAUAAUGAGAAUCGUUACGAAAGAAUCUUGUUAAAGAUUUAAAACAUGGUAAACAUGAAAAUUAUUUUCUAGAAAAUAUUAAGAUAAGUUAAGUCAAAUUAAACUCUUGGACUAAAUACCUACAAAAAUUAGUAGAUAAGUUUAACAUUAAAAGGGCUUAAAUACAUGAGUAUAUGAACACAAAUUGAAUAAAAUUCAAUUCAAAUAAUUAUAAAUACAUAAGUAUAUAACAGUGAAGUUAAAAGCGGGUUGGUUUCUACUUUACACUGUACGUUAAAGUACAUUUGUUGUACUGUUUUUUGCAGAAUGCUUUCGCAACAUUUUUAAAGCCACUACUUUUUUAAAUAUACCAGAGCCUCACAAACUAUAGCUGUCAAGCAUAAGAACAAGCAAAUUCAGCAGGCAAAUGGCGAGCUCGUACGAGUUUCUUUUCGGCUGUCAAACGAGUGUAAACGUUUUCACCGUCUUUCCAUAAAAGCGGCGUUUUAUUGCACGUUUAUUACCAAUUAUAUUUUGUUUAACGUGAAAAUUUGCCUAAAUUAGAGAAAUAUGUCUAUUGGUGUACCAAUAAAAGUUUUACAUGAGGCUGAAGGUCACAUUAUCACGUGUGAGACAAUAACCGGCGAAGUAUACCGGGGCAAACUCAUCGAGGCUGAAGACAACAUGAAUUGUCAAAUGACACAAAUCACAGUCACAUAUCGUGAUGGACGAACGGCAAACUUGGAAAAUGUCUAUAUACGCGGCUCGAAAAUACGUUUCCUCAUACUGCCGGACAUGUUGAAGAAUGCGCCAAUGUUCAAAAAGCAAACGGGUAAAGGCCUGGGUGGUACGGCCGGUCGAGGGAAAGCAGCUAUAUUACGCGCGCAAGCACGAGGAAGAGGUCGUGGCGGCCCCGGUGGUGGUGGUAGAGGUGGUCCACCAACAGGCGCUCCUGGCGGUGGUCGUGGUGCAUGGCAAGGUGGUCCAACGGGUGGACGUGGUCGUGGUGGUCUUUAAGCAAAUAGUAUUUUAAGUCUUAUGAAGUAAGUUUGGAUUACAAUGAAGUCAAUGAUGGAAACUGAAUAUGUUCGCUAACACGAAUGAGUACAAUAAAACACAUUCAAAAGCAGAUGAAA